AUGAAGCCCCAGAAAUAUAAUGUACCCAAGAAGGACUUUUGCGUGUCAACCCUUAGUAAUCCUGUGACAACACCCACUGGUGAGAAAUGGUAUGAAUGUAACAAAUGUGGGAAAGACUUAGAUAGUUUCUCAUCUUUUGGGAAACAUGUGAGAGGUCAUAAACGUGAAUGUGAAGAAUGUUGUAAAAUCAGUAGUCAUCCAUCAUCCCUGAUAGUGCAUAAAAAAUUUCACAAGAAAGAGAAGCCUUAUGAAUGUAAGGAAUGUGGGAAAGCAUUUAAUCGACCCUCAUACCUCACUAUACAUGUAAGAAGUCACAGUGGAGAGAGGCCCUAUGAUUGUAAGGAAUGUGGAAAAGCAUUUCGUCAGCGUUCACACCUCACUAAACAUUCAAAAAGUCACAGUGGAGAGAGGCCCUAUGAAUGCCUGUCUCAGGAUGAGCCUCUGGCUCCAGCCCUGGGCAUUUUGAAAAUUGUGAAGAAAGGUGCUGCAACUUGUGACCGUCUCAUCUUGUGUAUCCUGAGUUCUGAGGUAGUUUUUCCUCAGUCGCCCGGCGGCCGGUUCCCCUGGCGAUUUCCCCGUGGGCUCCGGUCCCGGGCCGAGGGGCCGCCCCCGCUCUCCUGCGCACUCGCUGUCUCCGCCUCCCGGAACCUCGGGACCUCCUGUCGCUGGGGCGCCGCCGCCGCCGCUUCCCGCACGAUCCCGGCCAGGCGGCCGCAGCCGCUUCCUGGACGCCGAGGAGCGGGCGCGGACCUGCGUCUCUCGGUGCGGGAACAGGUAUCAUCCCGGGGCCCCUCGCAUGUCCGUGGACAGUAA